AUGGACAACAAGUUGACUCUCCAGGAGAGCCAUCAGGCAUCUCAUUACGAAGAGAAACAGCAUUCACUUUCUCCUUCUCCGAGCAGCAAUGCAGACGCCWACCAUCUUACCAGCCACAGAAGAGGCUCCGUCGACAAAGCGUACGAGUUUCUUCACGAAGUCGAUGCCGAGUCCGCGAACAGCCAGGAGGAAGUCAACCCAAAAGCUCUUCGUCGGAAGAUUGACAAACACAUGUUUCCAAUCAUGUGGGCUCUCUACCUGUUCCAUGGUCUAGACAAAUAUCUCUUGGGCUAUGCCAUCGUCAUGGGACUUCCCGAAGACCUGAAUCUUCAGGGGGAGCAGAUGAACAACUGCGUCUCGGCCAUUUCCUGGUCAUAUCUAGCAAUGACUGCAAUAAUCCCACUCGCCCUCAACAAGCUACCAAUCGGCAAAUGGGUCGGGUUUAACAUGAUCUGCAAUGGCAUCUUCACCGCGUGUACGGCAGCUGUGCAAGGCUACAGCGGUCUCCUAACGGUCCGCAUACUCAUGGGAUUCUCCGACGCAUCCAUCACCCCCUGUCUGAUGCUGCUGUCCAGCCAGUACUACAGAAAGGAUGAGCAGGCUCUACGAUUCGCAUUCUGGUAUUCCGCCAUCGGCUUCGCUGUCAUGCUUGGGGCGACGAUGUCCUACGGCUUUCAGAAUGUAGAACAUUCUUCCCUGGCGUCAUGGCGAAUCAUGUGCCUUGCAAUCGGUGUGGCCAGUUUCCUAACCGGCCUGACCGCAUUCCUUUUCCUACCGGACACUCCUAUGAACGCUCGGUUCCUAUCCAAGGUGGAGAAAAGAACCAUCCUACGCUAUGUCUCCGUGAACGGCACAGGAAUUUCCAACACUCGUUUCGAGCUCUCACAACUCAUCUCCGUUGUUCUCGACCCUCAAAUCUGGAUGUUGUUCCUCAGCAUCACGAGUAUCAUGUCCGCAUCUGCUAUCAUCAGCACCUACGGCACUACUAUGAUUCGAGGUUUUGGCUACUCGUCGAAAGAAGCGGCACUGUUGAACAUCCCAAGUGGCGCGAUCGCGUGGGUGAGCAUUGUAACUGCCCUUUGCCUGAUUCGGUUGAAGGUUCUUCCCAGGCCGGCGGUUAUAUUCAUCUACCUGGCCAUUACAAUCCUGGGAGCUUGUUUGGUUGCGUUCAUGCCUCGCACCAACCACGCUGGGCCACUUGCAGGACUUUGGCUGGUGCAAUUCGGUUCUUGCGUACUGGGAAUUCAUUAUCAGUGGAUGGCGGCGAAUGUAGGAGGCCACACCAAGCGCUCCAUAUCUUCGGUCCUCAUGAGUGCUGGCGUAGCGCUAGGAGGCAUCAUUGGACCAUACGCUAUGAGACCUCAGGAUAAGCCGGAAUACCAUCUUGCAAAAGUCAUCAUGGUCGUUGGCAAUGCUGGUACGAUUGGUAUGGCGACUUUACUGACGGUAUACUAUCUGUUCGUCAACAAGAGGAGGGAUAAAUUGUAUGGCAAGGCUAGUGAUAUGGUGACGGCUGAUGAUGACUCUGAGACUUGGGCCAACCUGACGGAUCAAGAGAGAAAGAGCUUUCGAUAUGUGAUCUAA